GGGGGAGAAAAAUGGAGCGCAGCUGGAGUGGUUUUGCUGGAGCGGUGCCUCUCCAACUAUGACGACGGCCGCAUUAUUGUUCGACGAGGCGACAUGAGACAUCCGAAACCACCGACCCGCAGUAGGGCCGCGGUGAGGUGGGCAAUCCAAGACAUCCAUCUCACUUUCGCCCAUGAUGGGUGGCUAAAUUAAGAAACGUCAUAUCAGGAUCUCAUGAUUGGGUGAAUUGAGACAAAUGUGUUUCUUUUGAUGGGGACUUGGUUUUGGUUUCCCACUUUCUCGCUUUCACUUCUUGUGCUGAUGGAGGGGGAGGAGGGCCGGAGGAGGGACUGGGAGAGACUGGGACAGAGUCCCGCUAUCAGUUCAACCCAGCAUUCGGUCCAACCAGAUAAAUCAGAACCAGUAAAAUCCUCAUGCAAAAAAGUUCUGUCUGUAUCAAUAUCCACUCAUGUCGCUUGUCGACCAGUCUGGGUUGUUGUCAAAACCCGGUCGGUUUUGAGCCCGCACAGGUUCCAUUUGCCGUAUCUGGAUUCUCAAGAUAAGCGUCGUCACAGACCCUAUAGGCAAGAGGUAUAAGACUCUAGGAUCUACUACGUACGUCGAGCAUUAAUUAUUCCCGUGUCAGUCUGGAACCGCCGUUGACCUGGUCAAA